UACAUGUCGUGUGUACGCCAUUCAUACUAUUUGAAUGGUCAGUUUGUUUUUUGGUCAUCCUCAUUAAUAGAUCCGUUGUUAUUGUUGUUUUUUUUGUUGCAGCGCCCUCUGGAUUGUUAAACAUACCUGAUGCCGCUUUGAAGCACCACGAUGGCAGCUUCAGUGAAAUCCACAGGGAAGAAGAGCGUCAGAGCCAAGGCGGCGCUGCCUGUCAAGAAGUCCCAGUAAGUAAGAUUUGCUUUGGUGCUAUCUCAGAGACGCCGCGCAGCAUUUUUGAGUACCGCGCAGCAAAUUUCCAUGUAAGUGAGUGUUUGUGUGGGCUGUAAAAUUUUGCACACAAAAAAAAUGAUGCUGUAAGACUUUGCACACAACUGUAUGAUUUUGCACACGAACCAACAAACCUUAGAGGGAUCAUUGGUGUCAAUGUGUUUGCACUCUUUAGAAAAUUGCGGACCGCAACGCCGGCCUUAGGUAAACUUUCGCCCUGUGCGAAGCACCCGUUUGGCGCCCCAUUCCCUAAUUUCCACGCCCUUUCGGUUGGUCCCAAACCCCUCCCCCCUCCCCCAGUGUUAGUAUCCACAUUUAGAAUGCAACUUUUAUUGUAUGAAAACUCAUUGUAUGAAAAGCGAAUGUACGAAAAGUUAGAAUACCGUUUCUCGACCCCAGACUCGAGGUUAACACUUCACUAUAAUAAACUAAGGGAAUUGAAAUAUUUCCCCCUAUGGCCACGGCGCCCUGUGCGAGGGCACAUGUCGCACACCCUAAAGGCCGGCCCUGCGGACCUCCCCCCUCCGUACCGCCUUCCUACGCCACUGUGUAUGUUCUUGACUGGGACGCUCGGAAGCGUUUUUACAUAGAUAACACGAAGACAAAAAUUUAAAUUUUUUUUUUGAACAAUGCAUGAAUGAAAAAAACCCGCUGUUCCCAGGAAAGCGCCGAGCACACGGGAGUCUCAAGAAAAACACAAACCUCGCAGGCCGAUCGCAGCCGUCAAGCCUACAGUUAGACCCCAGGUCAAGCCAAAGUAAGUACACUGUUUCGUGCAGGAUUUAAAUUAUAAACUUGAUGGAGGAAACUGAACAACAAUUUUUUGGGGACGUUGGAAAUUUUAUUUCACAUUUUAUCCUGUAUCUAUAAAAUAAUCAAUUUUUUUUUAAAAAAUGAAGGCGUUAUAAAGUGUUAACUCAGUGGAUCUCAAACUUCCUAAUGCCCCGACCCUUUAAUACAGUUCUUCAUGUUAUGGUAAAACCGAACCAAAUAAUUAUUUUCGUUGCUACUUCAUAAAUAUGUGUUUUCCGAAGGUUCUUAGGCGAAACAUGUAAAACGGGUCUUUCGACCCCCCAAAGGGAUCACGACCCACACGUUGAGAACCGCUGUGUAAAUGUUUGGCAAAUUGAAUGCCAAUUUAAAAUUUUCCACUUCAUCAACACACAUUUUGAUUACUGUGCCAGUUGUUACAAUACGGGAUUUAAUUUGUUCUCCAUCUGCAGUCGAUAAUAGAUUUAAUUUUUUUGUUAAUUAAAAAAACAACUCAUUUUGCUGAUGCAGAUAGUCUAUCUGUCCCACAAAUUAAACAAACAAGAAGUUUAAUUCAACGAAUUAAUAAUCAGAAUAAUAUCCUUGCAUAUCCUAGUCACGUUUCCUAUUUUAUAAAUUUCUCGUCAGAAUCGUCAGAUCGGAAUCAAGCCCCGAGAUUUCAACGCGAAGACGGUGAGUUGUCCCAUGACACAAAUAUAUUCACGAUCUAGUUACAAACAUGGGACCAUUUGCACAGAAGCAUCUGCUCUAACUUAACAAUCGUAACUUCAUAUAAUUUAAAGGGGCCUUAGGGUGGUAGAAUGUGACUCCAGUCAUCAACACCGUGGGGUGGGGGUGGGGGGGAGAGAUGUGUCGGGGGGGGGGGGGGGUGGGGGUAGUGGUGAGAUAUAACAAUAUAAAUUCAAGGGAUAUAAUCCUUCAUUUGUAAAUCCUUGCCAGUAAGCUUCUUCUCUCCCCUUAUCAAUGAUCUUUUUAUCAUCCACAACUUUUCUUUUUUCAUUCAUAAAACGUGUUUAACCGUAGUUUUACCAAUGAUUCCUGAAUUAUCAUCUCAAGAGCAUCCAGCUCCUCGUACAGUUCCAGCCCUUACACCGACAGUGUCAGUGACACCAGCUCGUACUCCGACACCAGCUCAUACUCCGACACCAGCUCGUACUCCGACACCAGCUCUUACACCGGCAGCAGCUCUUACGACAGCUAUUAUGAUGAUAGUUCAGGUAAUACAAGCAACACCUGUUUAGCUGUUUAUUAAUAGAAACAUUAUGAUUAAUUCAGUAAUUUUUAAAUUAUAACAACUUUAUCUGAUUAUAGUUAUUUAAAAUUGAUAUACGACCAGUAACUUGUGAACUAAAUAUUUAUAUUACACUGUGACAGUAAGAGUUUCUAUUUGUCCAGUAUUAGUCUUAUUAGUAUUUGUAUUGUCAUAUUGUUAGACUGAUAAUGAAAUGUUUAGGCCUACUGACUGAAAUGAGUGACUCUACAAUGUCCUUAUUGUCGUCAUGUUGACCUACUGAUGAGUUGUUUUCAAGAAUGUCCAAACUUAAAUUUAAAACUUAGAAUAUUGUUUGGGUAACUGGAGUGAGUGGUCGUGUGAUGUGAAUAUUGGUUGGGUUACUGGAGUGAGUGGUCACCUGAUGUGAAUAUUGAUUGGAUAACUGGAGUGAGUGGUCAUGUGAUAUGAAUAUUGAUUGGAUAAUUGGAGUGAGUGGUCAUGUGACGUGAAUAUCAGUUGCGUAGGUGGAGUGGUUGUGUGAUGUGAAUAUUGGCUAGAUACUGGAGUGAGUGCUGUCAUGGGAUGUGAAUAUCUGUUGGAGUGGUUGUGUGAUGUGAAUAUUAGCUAGAUACUGGAGUGCUGUCAUGGGAUGUGAAUAUUGGUUUCGUAAAUGGAGUGAGUGGUCAUGUUAUGUGGGCUAUAUAAAAAGAAUUUAGGAUGGAGAAUAGUUAGUUAUUACACAGACCACAAGCGCUGCUCCCUUGAGUGUUCAUAUGAGUCCAAUGCAAAACCUGCAAAGUCACUUUUUUGAAAUCAAUGAGUUAUCUAUCUUGGCAGGUUAAUUAAGUGUCAAUCUACAGUGUUUUGUGUAUUUAAUGAUUAAAAAGCUCUAUGUAAGUCUUAAAAUUCACCAUUUCAAAAUAUAUAAAUGCUAUAUUCCCUAUAUAGAUUAAUUUUAAAAAACUCAUUUUUCUCUAAAUCAAAAAAAGUUACUUAGCAGGGUUUGCAAAUGGACUCCUCAUAUAUUUAUUAUAAUUUUACAGCCAUUACAUUAAUUUUAAUAAAAAAGCCAAGUGAAAAUGAUGUUUUUUUUUAUUUUAACGUAACAAUUAUUUUAAUUUUUUUUAAACAGAUUCUUUUGAUAGCUGGUGCAGCACCUGCUCAUCAGACUGUGACUGCUCCCACUGCAUGACACCAACUGAUUACUCUUCCUCCGACUCUUCUGACUACUCGGACGAGACCAGUGGCUCAUCCUGCAGUUCUCGGAAACGAGCCACGGCCAAGAAGGAGGUUGGCACCAAGACCAAGAAGGGAAGCGCAUUGAAAAAGUCCAGAACAACCUCCGUGUCGAAUCCUAAAAAGAAGUUAUCCAAAAAAAAUGGCGUGCCAAGGAGUAAGAAACUGGGGAGAAAUGCCAGUGCCUGCUGCUCACAGAAGAAUCGCAGGAUGUCGAAAUCUACCCCUAAACCUAAAAGCUGUCGCAGACCGCGUAGGUCAUAAUGAUCCAGUAAUUUAAACUUUGAAAUAAUUUAAAUAUUAAUUUUGGUUAUUUAAGCAGUUUAAAAACAAUAUUUUGAAAUAUACACGUUAGUUUUCUUUCUUAUAAUAUUAC